CGCCAGUCGCCGCGGUGCCCGGCGUGAUUGUCGGUCUCGUAUUAUCGUUGUUUUCCCAGUAUCCCAUUACCCCCUCGGCGGCACUGCGGCGGCAGCAUCAGCAGCUGCGCGAACGCGAAACGAUAUCGUUAUAAUAGUUAUUGUUAUUAAUUAGGUACGUAAUAAGACGUAACAACAUAUAAUAUUAUAAAUGUCAAGAAUCGCGAGUGGCGACGUCGUCUGCCGUCGGGAACCCGCGUUGCUAGGUAAAUAGACAGUCCGUCAUAUUCUGUCGGGAAAACCGUCGCGACCGGCCGAGAUAAAAUAUCUCUAAUCGGCGGUCGCCACUCGCUUGCAUGCACCGCGACGAUGUACCUCGGCGGUGCGGAUCGACGGCGGCGACGACGACGACAUGAAUGCGAUUGCGAUUGCGAUAACGACUAACGACGCUUUUGGACGAGUGCCUUUCAAUCUACGAGGGUCGCGAGUGGCGUUUGGUGUCUGUCCCGAGUGGGUAACGAGUAACGACGACAACUCAGCGGUUCGUGGCCGGCGAUCGUAAAUACGACGCGUGUUAUCGAUUCUCGGCCGGCUGCUCUCGUGAUCUCGCACGACCAUCGUCGAUAGGUAUUGGUCGCGUCGCAGGAUGAUUGAAAUCGGCGGUGUACAGUUUCAUCUAGAGUGCCAACGUCGGAGAUAAAAACCCUAGUAACUCCCACGUUAAAUAGUAGCGAAAAACAAACACACCGACAAUGUAUUUGGACGACGUCAACGGGACUGCUCAAACCGAAGGUAACUACAGUUGUUACGACGGAGGAGGCUGCGGAAACAACACAGCUGUAGCGCCGUUAGGUGCAGUACUGGACUCUAUCACCGUGGCCAUGCUCAGCCAGACUUGUUUACAUUCGGUGUUCAACCAUCCCUAUUUUCAUUUUUCUCAUGCCAUCAUGUUUAUUUGCUAUAUGCUACCAUUUGGAUCUCCUUGUCAGUUGAUUCUCCUCAUUCGCAUUGGCCUGGCUGGUGCCACUACCAUUAUGGCAUUAUGGGCUAGGAAUGUCCAGUGCUGGGUUGACAGCCUCUUGUGGAAUGCUGCAUCUGCUGCUGUCAAUGUCGUACACAUUUUAGUGUUAUUCUAUCAACUGAGGCCGAUCAAAUUUAAUGAUGAAUUAGAACUAGUGUACGAAACGCUUUUCUACCCUUUAAAAGUUAGCCGUAAACAAUUUAGUAAAAUAGUUUCCUGCAUGAAAAUGAUACGGCCUCUAAAAACUCUUGAGAUAUUUGCUGAAGAAAAAGUAACGAGGGUCGACAGCUUAUCGUUGGUGCUUUCAGGAAAAUUAGUAAUAUCACAGAACGGUAAUGCUCUGCAUAUUGUCUUCCCAUAUCAAUUCCUAGAUUCUCCAGAGUGGUUUGGUGUAUCUACUGAUGAAUUCUUCCAAGUAUCAGUCACAGCUGUAGAAGAUUCCAGGGUAUUAUUAUGGCAUAGAGACAAAUUAAGAUUGUCAAUAAUUACAGAUAAAUUUUUAUACACUAUUUUUGAUCACAUUCUUGGUCGAGAUGUUGUAAAAAAACUUAUGCAGGUAAGUGAAACUAUGUCUAAUGGCCAUUUACCUAAUCAGUGGUAUGAUGGAGAAGAAGCUGAAAUGACAAAUAAUGUAAAUGAUGAGAAACAAACAGUUCUUUAUUUAAAGCGUAACGGUGACGGACAAGCAGGCAUUGAAACUAUAUUGAAACGAGAGUUACAAGGCGACCCAAAUGGCUGGAAAUUGAGUAGGAUUGAAGAAGUCGACCACGAGACUCCAGUGUAAAAAAUAUAUAAAAUAUAUUUCCUUUAACAAUUAAUAAUCUUGUGAUCUUAGGAUAAGUUUGUAUCUGUGUUUUCUUUUUAACUCUGACACUUUGGUGUUGUUUUUAAAUUUACCUCUGUCAGAUUUGAUUUUUGGCACCUAUCGAAUUUAACAAUCACUGUAGUAAUAUCAAUUUAUUUUAUUAACUAUUCUUGAUGUAAGAUCAAAAAAAAAGAAAUUUAUUGACAAUGUAAUGAACCAAACAAAUAUUACUUGUAAGCUAGCUCCUUGUUUUCUUUGAGUAAUAACAUACAUUUUGUUUUGUUUCAAAAGUACUGAUAUUCAAAUGUUUUAAUUAAUAAAUAUAUUACAUGUUGUUUAUUGUUGUUCAAAUACUAUAAUGUAUUAAUCAUUAAUAUGAUAAUGUAUUACUAAAGUGAUAUUUAUAAAAGUAACUAGUCCAUUAUUAAUUAUUAUAAAAUGUGUAUGUAAUUGUGUAUAAUAUAUAAUAUAUAAAAUUUAUAAUAUAGAGUGUCCCUUGAUCCUCAGGACUUUGUUUUAUGCAACGUAAACUUAUGAAAAUCCAAUUAAAACUACUAAUAAUUAAUAAUAAUAAUACUCCUGCUACCAAAAAAUAUAUGAGGCAUUGGGACACUGUGUUGUAUAAUUUUUAUAUAAUAUGAUCCAGCUAACACAAUAUUGUGUUUAAUGGAUCAUCUGGUACCUAUUACAUAUUUUAUUGUAUGAAUAUUGUUAUAAUUUAUAAUAAAAAUCAUAUUGUAAUUGUACAAAAUCUUGGUUUAAAAAAAAAUUAAGUGUGAUGAAUGAAAUAAAAAUUUAUGUUCAAAUA